AUGCCUGAAGCAUCUUCCCGACCUACCUCGGCUGCUACCACCGCUGCUGCUCCCGCGGCUGGCGCGCCCGUCAACAACUUUGGCGAGAACCGUGGCAUCAAGUUUCAUAUCAAGGCCGGCACCAGCAAAUGGGCUUGCACCCUCCAGGACCGCUCUCACUAUGAGCGCACCAAGACCGCCCGUACUGGUUCUACCGACUCCGUCACCUCCUCCUCCUCUUCUGCCUCCGAGACUAGCUCUCACUAA